GCCGGAAGCGGCGGCGGGUCUCAUCCGGGCCGGGCCCAUGGAGCCGAGGGUGCUGCGCGCGGCCGCGGCGGCGGUGCUGGUGCUGGCGCUGGCCCUGCCGGGCCCGUGGGCCGCCGACUUCGACCCGUACCGCGUGCUGGGCCUGGGCCGCGCCGCCGGCGCUGCCGACAUCAAGAAGGCCUACAAGCGCCUCGCCCGGGAGUGGCAUCCCGACAAAAACAAGGAUCCAGGAGCAGAAGAUAAGUUUAUCCAAAUUAGCAAGGCCUAUGAGAUACUUUCCAAUGAGGAAAAGAGGGCAAACUUUGAUCGUUACGGAGAUGUGGGUGAGAACCAGGGAUAUUCUCAGCACCAGCACCGCCAGUUCCACCACUUCCACGAAGGCUUUUACUUUGAUGAGUCCUUUUUCCACUUCCCAUUCAACUCGGAGCGACGCGACUCCUCAGAUGAGAAAUACUUGCUGCACUUUUCACACUACAUGCAUGAGAUUGUGCCAGACAGUUUCAAAAAGCCUUACCUCAUUAAAAUAACCUCAGACUGGUGUUUUAGCUGCAUCCACAUUGAACCUGUGUGGAAGGAGGUGGUUCAAGAGCUAGAGGCGCUGGGAGUGGGGAUUGGAGUCGUCCAUGCUGGGUAUGAGAGACGUCUAGCGCAUCAUCUAGGAGCACACAGCACCCCAUCAAUUCUGGGACUUAUUAAUGGGAAGAUAUCAUUCUUCCACAAUGCAGUUGUUCGGGAGAACCUGCGGCAGUUUGUGGAGAACCUUCUUCCAGGGAACCUCGUAGAGAAGAUUACAGAUAAAAAUUAUGUCCGAUUCCUGUCUAACUGGAAGAAAGAAAAUAAACCCCACGUCCUUCUAUUUGACCAUAUGCCGGUCGUGCCGUUGUUGUACAAGCUGACUGCUUUUGCAUACAGAGAUUAUUUGUCCUUUGGGUACGUGUACGUUGGACUCAGGGGGACUGAAGAGUUGUCCAGUCAGUAUAACAUCAAUGUUUACUCCCCAACCAUGAUGGUCUUCAAGGAGCACAUUGAUAAGCCUGCUGAUGUUGUACAGGCACGAGAUAUGAAAAAGCAGCUCAUGGAUGACUUCCUUUCGCAAAACAAGUUCCUUAUGGCAGCCAGACUCACCAACCAGAAACUGUUCCAGGAGCUGUGUCCUGUGAAGAAGUCUCACCGUCAGCGGAAGUACUGCGUGGUUUUACUCACUGGGGAAGGAGAUAAGUUUGCCAAGACGUACGAAACCUUUGUGACAUUUGCUCUGGCAAACACCAGAGAUACCUUGAGGUUUGUACAUGUCUACAGUGACCGCCAGCAAGAUUUUGUCGACACCUUCCUGAUGGAUGAUGAGAGAUAUCAGGGGAAAUCAGCUGUGGUCAUCUUGGAAAGGCGCAAUAAUGCAGGCCGAGCUGUCUAUAAAAUCUUGGAAGAUGCCUGGAGAGGCAGUGAAGAGGAUAACUUCAUCCUUCUGGAUCUUCUGGAUCAGUUAAGAACGAAUGCAGGCCUUCUCUCUUCAGAUACCAUCCUACCAGACCUGAAUGAUGAACUUGCUCCUAUAUUCAUUCUCCGAUGGAUCUAUUCCACAUUAGAUUACAUCUCAGACUGCUGGGACAGUGUGUUUCAUAACAACUGGCGAGAAAUGAUGCCCCUCCUGUCCCUGAUCUUCUCAGCCCUCUUCAUUCUUUUUGGCACUGUUAUUGUUCAGGCUUUCAGUGACUCAAGUGAUGCGAGAGACUCACCUCCCCAUGAGAAAGAGGAAGCCACUGCCAAGAGUGAAAAAAAUGACACUAGCUUCAGCAAAGAGAACAGCCGGAUUCCCAAAAAGGGCUUUGUCGAAGUGACCGAGCUAACGGAUGUCAAUUAUAACAGUAACUUGGUGCGCCUGAGGCCAGGUCAUAUGAACGUGGUCCUGAUCCUGUCUAACCCCACCAAAACCAGCCUGCUUCAGAAGUUUGCCCUAGAAGUCUACACAUUCACAGGGAGCAACUCUCUCCACUUCUCCUUCCUGAGCCUCGAUAAACACAGAGAGUGGCUUGAGUAUCUGCUGGAGUUUGCACAAGAUGCCGCCCCCAUUCCAAACCAGUACGAUAAGCAUUUCUUGGAGCGUGACUACACUGGUUACGUCCUGGCUUUAAAUGGCCACAAGAAAUACUUCUGCCUCUUCAAGCCUCACAGAUCAGGGGACGACGGAGGAAACCUAGGGUCCUGCGAGGAUUACGACUCCUCGCUACACACAGGAGAAGCCCGAGGGAAAUCUUGCAGUCCAGGAGCCAAGUCAGUUAAAAGCAAACUACACAAGUUGUCCUUGUGGAUGGAACGUCUCUUAGAAGGCUCCUUACAAAGGUUCUAUAUCCCGUCGUGGCCUGCACUAGACUGAAGGGAUUUUAAAGAGGGUUGAACACUACUAACUUUUUAAGAAGAUGACAAUGGACAAUUCUUUCCAAGAAUAAACGGUCACGACAAAUGGACUGUAGGUUUUAGAUGAAUUCUCCUAGGCCCAGUGAUUAGAAGUAUCUGCCCUCAUCUUUGACCUAGGAGUGAAGGUUGAACUGCACUGAAGUCCUCUGUACCAAAAUGUUCUUGCAUUUGGAUACUGUACUAUCCAGGACAGAAAAAGUCAUUUUCCUUCCUUAUCAUGCCACAUCUGUUCACUGAGUCACCUCUACUCCAGCUCUUUUUCUCUGUCGAAGAAAGCCUGCCAUGGUGACUCAGUUUGUACUGAACAUAACUCAUUUCGCAGGUCAGGUGACUCGCCCUUCCCUUUCCCAAAGCAUCACCCUCGGUGCAUGGUGUAACACUGGGAAGACCCUACAGAACCUCCCAGGCUCCGCAACUCUGAGAGGCCUCCGAAUCAAGCAUUCUUAUUUAUUGCCUUUCCCCGUGGUAAGUGGUUUAGGAGCGUGUUUGGGGGUAUCUCCCUUGUAGCAAACUGAUAGCUGGUAUUUACCCAAGGUGGAGGGCUCGUAGGCAAUCUGCAUGUUUCAUGCUCCGUGUAUAAUAGUUGCACACGCAGCUUCACCGGGUAAACCAUAACCAGGGAGGGAAGGAGUAACACAGCCGUACAUACUGUAAAGAUGUUGAGCCAUUUAAAUGUACAUUGUUUUUCAGAUGCCUUUCUGCUUCUGUCAAUCUUUAGACUAUGUAUCUUACAGCCAUACCUUUGACCAUGUCCUCAGAUUGUAGACAUAAGCUGCUAUGAGCCAGUAGAUGUAUAAAAGAAGUUUUAAAUACCUGCUAGUGAGUCAGCUCAGGCACCUUUCAGACACCAACAGUACAUCCUUAGUACAAUACCUACACGUCUUUGAAUCGAGGAGCUUCAAUUCUGGAGCGACUGUAUUUUUGAAAUGUUGCCCAAGGAAGAGCUGUAUCCUCAAAUUGUUUCUUACGCGUGAAACUAGUUUUGUUGCAGACUAAGGUUUACAAGAUGCUUGGUUUCAGCGUCUCACUUGCUUUGUCUUCAUCAGCUGUUUCUUUGUUAACAUGCAGGUUGCCUUUUUUUCCCCCCUUUUCAAACACCUGGUUUAGUGAGGAGCUGAAAAGGUUUUAGGCUGUGGAGUUGUUUUCGUAUUUCAUCAUACCAAAUGCAGUCUCCGCCAGUCACUUGGGCUGCCCACGGGGCUGGCUUUUUCUUAGGGUGGGACUAUUAAGUCACACAAAAACGGUCUUUUUGCUGCUAUCUAAAUGCAAACAGCCAUUGGAAAGGUUUCCUUUUAAAAACAGGGGACUGUAGUCCUGUGUUAUGAGUACUGCUUUCCUCUCUUAAGCCAGUUAGACACUGUCACUUUAUUUGAUGCUUGCUAUGAAUUUAAUAAACGGUUCCAAAGUGAUCCCUAUAGAAAGCCGAGGCUGCCAUGUGAGCAGGCCAGUCUGCUGUACAACUGCCAGAUUUGGAGUGAGGUAUCCUCAACUCCAGAUUCACAGCAAAUUUACUCAAAGGGUCCAUCUCUCCUCGGCGUGAGUAGUGCUCUGGUCCUUCCUCUGAAGUGUUCCUAUAAGCAGGUAGUGUAACUUAAAAGGCUCACUCUAUUUUUCCAGCAGCCUUAACAGAGUAGCCCAUUCUGGUGGAUAAAUACUCCACUAAGCGAGGCCCCUUUUGAUCCAAACAGCAUCUAGGAAUGACUUUAGUGGCUACCCAUUGCACAAAGCUUUAUAAUGGAUCUUGGACUCAUUGACUUGCUUCCUUCUUUCCCAUUUAAGGAACAGAUUUAGCCAACAAAUGGCCACUCUAAUAAUAAGCCUAAUGUGCUUUUAAAUAACACAGGGUGCUGUCAGGUUAACAUGUUAGAGACCGUUCUUCCUUUUAACAGCCAAGAUCAGAGGUAUCGUACCCACACUACACAACACUUUGUGAAUUAAGCACUCUGGGAGGGAAAGACAGAUCCUCUCUUUCUCUCUCAUGGGGUAGAUCUACAGAGUGGAAGUGCUGAGAAACCCACAUGAUCAAUUUUUAAAAGAGAGGCCUAAAUAUUGGCUCCACUUUUCACUCAAUAAGUUGUUUUGAAGUUAGUGCCUAGGCAAGGAAAGUAGCUUGGUGAUCCUGUGCAAGUCUCUCUAAAGGGUCUUGGAAGCUAUGAGACUGCUGUUCCUCUUGAGUUACAAACACUGCAGAGGGAUCUAGACUGAAAAGGAAAAUUUGUAAUGCUCAUAAAAGCAGUUAACUAACCACCUUCCCUAGUGGGUUAGGGAAUAUGAAGCUAUUGCCUAUUGUCCCUUCUGCUAAUCAGAAGGUAGCAGCAGGUUUUAGAGCUGUAAACUAAGAGCCUACUUAAGAUAUCUGCAAGCAAUGGCCCACAAUAAACAGUAGGCAUCAUUUAAAGCAUAUUUUAAGGGCUGAUAUGGUUCAUAAGUCUUUAUCCAGCCCUCUUUUACAGGGUUGAAUUCUGCUCUGGGUGUAGACCUAUUGAUGCAAGGUCUGUAAGGGGACGCACGCUCAGUAACCAGCUGAACGGUGCUGCAGAUUGCAGUUAUAACAGUAAAACCGAUGGAGGACAGAGUUAUACUACAUCAGACCAGACUCCUCUGUAAAAGUACAGCCCCGUGAUUUUUAGUACAUUGUGCUUUUAUGGAGAGGUUGCUCUUUGGGCUGAAGUCAACCCAAACCUAUUCUGGAUCCCUCUAUUUAGCACUGCCUUGAUAUCGGUUAGGUGAUGUCUGCUCCUGAACCUUUGUCUGCUGCUUAGAAACUAAAUCUUUCUGCUUUACCUCCCCCCCACCUCUUCCAGAAAUCGCCAGGCCACUAACCCAGGACAGUUUUCUUACCCUCUGACCUCACUGCUUGCCCUUCAGUUGCAUCACAAUAAAUAAAAUGCACUUGCCAUUCUCUGUCUAUGUGCAUGGUGCUUUUCAGUCCAAAGACUAAGGAAACACGGGGCUAAUGCACUGCUCUCAGAAACCGAAAUGUUUUAUUUCCUUUCCAUUUUAAGCAACACUCGUAGAAGCUGAAACAAAAUAUCCGUAUAGCAAAGGGCCUAGAGUCUAAAUACCAUACCCAAUCUUUUCCCUUGACUGAGUGUGGUACGCAGCAGCCUCCUAGUGAUGGCUGACCCAGAUCUCCCACGUUCAGUGAAAGUUUGCCAGGAAUCAUUACUAGUAGACAGCCUGGGAGAGCGGACUGAAAGGAAAGUAAAUAUUUUGCACUUUUGAUACUCCUGGAGGGGGGUGGGAAAUAAGUUAUUUGGCAAAUUUGUCUUUUUUUUUAUUUCUGUUUGUUUUUGUAUUUGUGAAGAGGCACUGAUAAUGUCAUUUUGUUUUAAGACUAUUACAGAUUCGCAACUGAAAUAAACUAUUUUAAUGUGU